CCUUUGCGGGAGGUGGGUGCCCACCCGGGGAUGCUACGGGCAGCGCCUGGCUUCCCGCGUCCCAAGUGACCGCGGCUCCCUCGAGGUGCGGGUGACGUCUCGGAGGAUGCCUGUCGCUCGUCCCCUCGCCCGCUGCCCGCCCGGAGCUGCUCGCGGCCCCCCGUGCGGGGGCUCAGGCCUGCAGAGGGUUAAGCGCGUCCGCCUUUCCGCCGAGCGCUCGAGCGGGGAGUAACCUGCAGAGAUACAUGUGCAGCAAUCCGACUGCUGCCGCUGCUCGCGGGCGGCGGCUGCCGCGGGUCGGGGCGGUGGGCGGCGGUGCUGCUCGCCGGAGAUGCUCUGCCGGAGCGCCCCGGCCCUCCGCGCGGGCUGACCGCCUCCCUCCCAGGGGGACCGUGUUGACCUGCCGGCUCCGGUGGCUCCCCGAGGGCUCCCUGGCGACGCUGUGAGCAGCUCGGCUCUGCACCGUCCCCAAGCACAGCGUGCGUCGAAGCGAGCCCGCUGCAGGGAUGCGAGCGAGACCCCACCUCGCAGCCGGGACGGACUUCCUCCGCCUCUGACCGUACCGCAGCCCCGGAUCCUCUUCGGAGCAGCUACCGACGGGGCUGAACUCUGCGGUAUUCCGGCAUGCUGCCUGGGCCUUUUCAGAGCUGAUGGAAAACAGUGUCUAGGUGCAGCGCGAGAUACGCGCCCCGCUCCCCGGAUGCGUCCCCGCCCUGCGGUCCCUGCUAGUGGUGCCCUGUGACAAGCACCAGAUGUGCAGCCUGCUGCGGAGCAUCUCCUUCCCUGAGCACACGUGCUCUCCUUCAAGAGAAAAAAUGCUGGACCUGGAAGCCAGCCGGAGACUGCGAAGUUUCCUUCUCCUCAAGGUUGCUGCUCGGUGGUCAUCUUCCACUGCCCGAGGGGAAAGGAGGAGAGCUCCGCUCUAACUUCUGGAAGGCUUGUUCCACGAUGGAAGAUCAAAAGAUUUUCUGGCUCUGGUUUUGUGAAGUUCGGCGUCUGUCUUGGACUUGCCAUUUGGAAAAGGGAUCAUCUCUGAGGCACAGUUGAGAGACAGGAGAACUGGUCCCAGACGAUGAGCACUUUAAGUAGCACUGGAAUAUUAGUCAGCUUAACGACGGUGUCUGUUACACUGGAUUUUAGUUUGCAUGGUGGUCUCAUGGCUUGGUCCUUAAGCAGCAAUUUGACUCUGAAUCAGAGUUUGCCUACGUCUGAUCCUCUUAAUGCCUCUGAGAAGGGGGACGUCUCUCGGAUGUCCGUGAGGGAGAAGAACUGGCCAGCCCUCCUGAUCCUGGUUGUCAUCCUGCUGACCAUUGGGGGCAACAUACUGGUAAUUAUGGCUGUGUCCUUGGAGAAGAAGUUGCAGAACGCCACAAACUUCUUCCUGAUGUCUUUGGCGGUGGCAGACAUGCUGGUGGGUAUCCUGGUCAUGCCCGUGUCCCUCAUUGCAGUCCUGUACGAUUAUGCUUGGCCUUUGCCUAAACAGUUGUGCCCUAUAUGGAUUUCCCUAGAUGUGCUCUUUUCAACUGCAUCUAUAAUGCAUCUCUGUGCCAUCUCUCUUGAUCGGUAUGUAGCAAUACGCAAUCCCAUUGAGCACAGCCGCUUCAAUUCCCGCACCAAGGCUAUUAUGAAAAUUGCUGCAGUUUGGACCAUAUCCAUAGGGAUCUCUAUGCCCGUUCCGGUCAUUGGUUUGCAGGAUGACUCCAGGGUGUUUGUAAAUGGGACCUGCGUUCUCAACGAUGAAAACUUUGUCCUCAUCGGGUCCUUUGUGGCGUUCUUCAUCCCCCUCAUCAUCAUGGUGAUCACAUAUUGCCUCACCGUGCAGGUGCUGCAGAGACAGGCGACGGUGUUCAUGUGCAGCGAGGUGUCCAAGCAGCGGAGGAGCAGCGUGAACUGCCUCAAGAAAGAGAACAACAUGGAGAACAUUUCAAUGCUUCACAAUCACGAGGGGGCAUCGCACUUGAACUCUCCGGUAAAUAAGGAAGCGGUGCUUUUUCGGAAAGGAACUAUGCAGUCCAUCAACAACGAGCGAAGAGCCUCCAAGGUCCUGGGCAUUGUCUUCUUUUUGUUCCUCAUCAUGUGGUGCCCGUUUUUCAUCACUAACAUCAUGUCUGUCCUUUGCAAGGAAGCCUGCGACAAAGGCCUCCUGAGCGAACUCCUGGACGUGUUUGUUUGGGUCGGGUAUGUUUGCUCUGGGAUCAAUCCCCUCGUAUACACACUCUUCAAUAAAACCUAUCGCAGGGCUUUUUCCAAUUACAUCCGCUGCCAAUACAAGACCAGUAAAAAAUCAGCGCUGCGACAGAAUCAGUGUCUGAAUGUUGCUUCGACAGCAUUAUACGGGAAAGAUCUGACUUUAACUAGUUACCGAAAUGGCAAUGAACUCAACAGCAUGGAACUAGAUGAAGCUGAGGAGGGUCUAGAAAUGCAGCCAGGGACUUCAGAGCUCUCCAUAAACAGCUGUAAUGUUGUAAGCGAAAGAGUGAGCUGUGUGUAAAGGCAGCUCACACAGCCUUCUGCUACGGUGUAUCUGGAGCCAAAAUAUAUUGUGUAAAAAUGUAAGUGUUCGUCAAAGGACAAUGUAAAUAUUGCAUUCUAAACAAAACUUUUUUUUUUAAAGAAGAAAGAGUUGUCUUUCCAGUCCAGUACUUAAAAUCAAAUAUAUUAAUAUACUGCAGUGAAGUUUAAGGUUCUAUAUUUACUGUUAAUACUAGAUCAGAAAUAUUAGUUACUUUGCAUAUGUCAUGGACAAACUGUUUGAAUUUUUCUUCCAGUGCAUGAACAAAAAUGCUGAAUAUUUAUCUCAGGUGGCAUUUGCUGGAGUCCAGAAUGGCGCGUUAAUAGUUAUAUAUCAAAUACAUGCUAUUAGACUUGGUCAGUAUAACUUUCUUUUUCCAGUUGACAGUAAAUAUAUACUUUAAAUCCUCA